AUGGAACGUACUAUUACAAAAGAUAAUAAAAUAAUUCCAUCUGAAAAGCCAUUAGAAAAACCUUCUCUUGAAAAAGUUGAAAAAAGAGAAGCGGAACGACUAAAGAAUACAAAUGAAGAGGGUAAACCUAAAGAAGGUGGAUCUGCUGGUAGAGUAUUGAGUGGUGUCAAAAAUGUUAAAGAUGAAGUGAUUCCACCACGAAGACUCAAUACUACAUAA